UACGCGGAAAAUACGCGCGCUAGAGGCGUCUACUUCACCAAGCCUCUGCGCCGGCACUGUUAUUUCUGUGGAACAAAAAUUAUCGUCUGUCCGGUUAUCUCUAUUCUUACUGCCAAUUUCGAGCUUGAGUUUAUAAUCACACAAAAAAUGGGAUGCGCAAUAUCAGGGCUGGGUUUGGCACCCAGGCAGACGACAGAGCCGAAGAGUGAAGAGGAUGCUGUUGCGCACCUUACUGGAGACCAGAUCGACAUGAUCAAAGAUUCUUGGAAAGUUAUUCAGGAAGAUAUAGCGAAAGUUGGAAUUAUCAUGUUUGUCAGGCUGUUUGAAACUCACCCUGAGUGCAAGGAUGUCUUCUUCCUGUUCCGCGAUGUGGAGGACCUGGAGAGGUUACGCACAAGCAGGGAGCUCCGAGCCCAUGGCCUAAGAGUCAUGUCCUUUAUUGAGAAGACUGUGGCCAGACUGGACCAGCUGGAGAGGCUUGAACAUCUUGCACUGGAACUGGGCAAGAGUCACUAUCGCUACAACGCACCUCCAAAGUACUAUGGGUAUGUUGGGGCAGAGUUCAUCUGUGCUGUCCAGCCAAUCCUAAAAGAUCAAUGGACCCCAGAACUAGAAGAGGCAUGGAAGAGUCUGUUCCAGUACGUCACUGGGAUCAUGAAGCGAGGCUACCAGGAGGAGGAGCGGAGCAGACGCCAUCACGUGGUCGUGUCUGCCAAGGAGCGGCCGGACAAGAAGAACACAGCCCUUUGAAGCG